AUGGCGCUGUUUUCGGACCUACCCAUCGACCUCCUUCCUUCAAUCUUGGAACAAAUCUUGAAAGCCUCGCACCUUGCUCAACUAUGCCUCGUGAACAGAGGCUUCUAUGAGGUUGCCGUGCCCCAGCUGUACUCGAGGAUCAUCAUCCGCCAUUGGUAUCACGAUGUAAAGACCAAGGUUAUCUGCCUCUUCAGGACGCUCACGGAGUAUGAGCGUCUCGCUCUUAUGGUGCAUCAACUAGAGAUCGGCGACUUCCCGAAGGGCUUACACGCCGAACAAGACGACGCGCUCCGCGAGUCCUGCAUACGCGGCCUGCGGAACACGAAGCAUCUACGCGCCGUGACAUGGACGCGCGACGGCUCCCUUACUUCCGAGAUCAUCCAGACCCUCGCGCAGUGCACCGAGCUAAGAAGCAUCUCGUUCAAUGGCAACAGCGCCAGCCAUUACAACCCUCGCGAACUGCUCAAGUUGACGCGUCUCGAGUCUAUAUCGGUCGUGAUGCCCAGUGCGGGAGUCACCAACCUCUUCCAUCAUUGGAUGCGGGCAACUGGACGGACUUUGCGUAGUCUGACGCUGAUAUGCAAGGAUACGAGGCUAUUCGACGACGUUCUUCUCGAGGAGAUGGCGAAACAUCUACCCUCUCUUGAGCGUCUCAGCCUCGUCGGAUGUCCCAAGGCUACUCACAAAGGCGUAGGCGCGUUGAUCAAGCAGAAUGUUCGCGGUGUCCUCGCGCUUGGGCUAGAGGGCAUCACACCGGCAUUCGAUGUAGCGAGCUUUGGCGCCAUCUGCGCGCGCGAAGGAGGACUCGUGUCGCUCAAGUCUUUCACAUUCACCUUUGAGCCGAGUCUACUCAACGACGCUUCAAUCAACGGCAUCGUCGCUCUCCUCGCCGACUCUCCACUCGACCUCUUCCAAGCCUACGCAACCGAUCGCGAAACUGCACUCGAUGCACCGAUGGUCGGAGUACUCAUCGACCGCAUCGUGCGCGCGCAUGGGCAUCGUCUGACGCGCCUAUCUGUACACCGCGCUCGACUUCGCUUGUAUACGAUCGAGGGCAUCUGCACGAUGUGCCCGAACCUGCGUCAGCUCUUCAUGUUGAUAGACUCUUCGGACUUGCCUGAGCUCGGCCCGCUUCUGGCAAAGGCGCGCCAGCUAACUGCGGUUCAUGUCAACAUUUCAGAGCUGCCAGUACCGUACGAGCCGAACACGCGCGCUAUGGCACUGCUCUCGCAAUGCAGCCCGACCGUGACACAGUUCGGGAUCGACAAUCGCGUUUGGCAGAUCGCUCGACAUGUCGAGGUUCAGGCGGAUGGACAGUUGACUACGCGGCCUGUGUUGACGACGUAUGAGAACCCGGAUAUACCGGAGCAGUUCCUUGUUGUUCGCGCAUAG